AUGUUUUCCCGUUUGUGUUUUCCUUUUCUGUGUUUUUUGUGAGUGUGUGUGUACGUGUGUGUGUGCGUCUGUUUUCGACGGUGAAGAAAAAUGUCGUCCAGUGAGAUUGAAGAAUUUGUAAACGGAGCGCUGGUUUCGUGGAUUGAAUCGUGUUUACCGCGGCAUGAAAUAAUCGCCGGAUACGUGUCACUGCUCGAUGGCACCAUACUGCACACCGUGUACCUGCAGAUCGACCCCGAGCCGCAGCAUCAUCCGGCCAAGAUACGCGGCACGGCGGAAGUGCUGACCUCGCUGGCCGCCGCCCGCACGCGCAACUUCGACGCGAUCGUGAAGAACCUGCGCAAUCUGUACGAUGAGGAGCUCGGGCAAACGAUCCUCACCCUGCCGGACUGUUCCGUGCUCGGCCAUUCGCCGGAGUCGCGGGCCGGCCUCGAGCAGAUGAAGCUGCUCAUCACGCUGCUGCUCGGGGCGGCCGUCCAGUGCCCGAACAAGGAGAUAUUCAUAGCGCGCAUCAAGGAGCUGGACGUGAACACGCAGCACGCGAUCGUGGAGGUAAUCAAGCAGGUGACGGACAGCCAGACGCUCGUGCUGACGCAGGAAGCGCUCGACCAGCUGGCGCCCGAGCUGAUGUGCAAGCACCUGGUGCGGCUGGCGAAGGAGCGCGACCAGUACCAUGGCAAGUGGAUGUCGUCCUUCAUUACGGACAGCGAGCAGCAGGCGCUGGUCAACAGUUCCAGCUCGAAGGGCAGCCUGCACAAUGCCGCAUUGUCGUCCGCGUCGACCAGCACGGCCAACACGCCGUCCACCACGUCCGAGAGCAACCAUCUGGCGGUGGAGCUGGCCGACUACAAGUCGAAGCUGCGGAAGCUGCGCCAGGAGCUGGAGGAAAAGUCGGAGCUGCUGAUGGAGGUGAAGGAAGAGCUGGACCACAAGUGCAACCAGUACGAGAAGCUGCGCACGGAAAGCCAGGACUGGUACUCGGAGUCGCGCCGGGCGGCCGCCUACCGGGACGAGGUGGACGUGCUGCGGGAGCGGUCCGAGCGGGCCGAUCGGCUGGAGGUGGAGGUACAAAAGCUGCGCGAGAAGCUGUCCGAUGCCGAGUUUUACAAGACGCGGGUCGAGGAGCUGCGCGAGGACAAUAGGAUGUUGCUGGAGACGAAGGAAAUGUUGGAAGAACAGCUAGCGCGGUCCCGCAAGCGCAGCGAUCAGGUGAUGACGCUCGAGGCGGAAAUUAUCAAAUUCAAGCAGAUGAUGAACGAUAUGACGCUCGAGCGGGACGUGGACAAGAGCAAGCUGCAGGAACUGUUGGAAGAGAACGUACAGCUGCAGCUGGCGACGAAGAAUUUGAUGGCGGGCCCGGAUGCGAACGUCGCAAACCAGGCACAAUCCGACACGGAUACGGACGAUCUUCCAUCGAACGACAACAGUUUGUCGGAACAGCUGACGACGAACGCACAAACCCGCGCACUGAAGCUAGAGCUGGAGAAUCGACGACUGCUCGCCGCCCUCGAUAGCCUGAAGGAGUCCUCCUUCCACGAAAACUCGAACAAGAUUCUGGAGCUCGAGAAGGACAAGAAGAAGCUAUCGCUGCGGCUAGAGCAGACGCAGGAAAAUUGCAACCGACUGGUGCAGCAAAACAGCGAGCUUGAGAACGUGUUCAAGAACGCGCUGGAAGAGAACAAGAAACUGCAGGACGCGAUCGAUUCGAAGCAGCAGAUGAUCGACCGGCAAACGCACGACCGCGAGCUCGACCGCAUACGGCAGAUCGAUCUGGAAAAGCAGAUCGAAUCGCUCACCAAGGACAAGCAGCGGGUGCAGAACCUGUUCGAGAGCAUCCAGCGCCGCACGAUCGAUCUGGAGCGUUCGAUCGACACCAAGAGCAAGGAGAGCGUGCAGCUGAACGAGCGGCUGAAGGAGCUCGAAGACGUGCGCAAGGAGCUGUACGAUGUGCGGGGCAAGUGCUCGACCGUCGAGCGGGAAAACGUGAACCUCGCCAAGGAGCUGGUCAAGUACAAGGAGGUGCUGGAAAAGUGUGAGCACGAUCUGGACCGGGUCGGGGGCGAGCUCGAGACGAAGGAAAAGGAAAUCGAGCAGCUGGCGAAACAGGUCGACGAAGGUUCGAGCGUGCUAGUGAAGCUGCAGGAGCUGGAGAAGGAAAACCAGGAGCUGCUGUCGCAGCAGAAGAUGCACACCGACACGAUCGCUACGCUGCAGAAGGAUCUGUACGAUGGCACGAUGGCGACGAAGAAGGUGAAGCAAAACCUGGAGCGGCUCGGGCUGAACGAUACCGAGCUGGAGCGGAACGAGAUGAACGUGGAGGUGUUUGUCGAAAAGCUGUGCAAAAAUCCCGAAUCCUUCAAGACGGUGCGCGAGAUCGUGCUGAACGUGGCGGGCUCGAGGGAUGCGGGCUCGACCGGUGCCGGUGGCGGUACCAAGUCCGCCGACAUCUGUGUCCUCUGCCACCGGCAGGAGAUCUACACGGUCGAGAAGAGCAUCGAAUUUUCUAACUGCGACGAAACGGCGGCGCCCGAUUCCAGCGCGGCAACGAACGCCGUCCCGGAGCUGGAGCAGAAGCUGGAGCAGCUGCGGCAGGAGCAUACCGCCCUGCUGGCUGCGCAGGACUCGCUGCAGGAGGAAAACGCGCGCCAGAAGGUGAAGGUGGCUACGCUGGGUUCGCAGAUUGCGUCACUCAACACGCAGCACGUGGCGCUGCAGCUGGCCAACUCGCAGCUGGCCGUCGAGAAGGAUAUGCUGGUGAAGCAGGUGGAGGCGAAGCGGCAGCAGUACGAAUCGCUGCAGCACGAUUACGUCGCGCUGCAGUGCCUGCACGAGCAGCUGAGCAGUGACUACGACGCGCUGAACGGGGAGAAGGAACUGCUGAAGAACACGAUCCGCGACCUGAAGACGGAGAACCGGGAUCAUCGCGAGCGCACGGUGGCCCUGGAGCGCAAGAUCGAGGAGCUGCAGGCCGAACUACACUCGAUGAAGGACGGGCUGACGAAUCUGAACAAUCUGCGCGCGGAACACUCGAAGCUGAAGGAUGACUUCCGGUGUCUGUUCACCACGAGCGAGCGGUUGAAGCAGGACUACAAAAACUGCCACGAUCAGUAUCGCGCGUUCCGGACGGAGAACAGCCGGCUGAAGCUGCGCAACACCGAGCUGUCCGGGGAGCUGACGAACAAAAAGGAACAGAUCAACAAUCUGGAGAUUGAGUACACCAAAAUAAACCAAAGAUGCGAGAUGUUGCUUAACAUGAACGCCAGCCUGGACAUUGAUCGGCGCACGCUGAUGGACCACGUGUCGCAGAUACUCGCCCAGUAUCAGGAGCUGCUGGCGCAUUCGCUGGAAGACAAACAGCACUACCAUGACGAGGAGAAGAGUUUCACCGACAAGCUGAACAACCUGAAUCGCCAGAAAGAGAAGCUGGAGGAGAAGAUAAUGGAACACUACCGGAAGCUGGAUAGCUGUUCGCCCAAAAAGAAACCUUUUGGGUUGAAUCUGGUGAAGAAAAUGCGUCGGGCAGGAUCGGAACUAAUGAAUCGUGUUCCUAAUAGGAACCGCCGUUCGUGGGUGGAAGAACAACGCCUCACCCAAAGCCAGUGUCUUUCCAUGGGUUCCGAGUCGGGCGGCAACGAAUCGGACAACAGUAUCGAGGAGCCUAACUCGGUCGCCUCCGACACGAACCUGCUGCAGCGUGGCUCCCAGCUGCGCCAGAGUCUCCAGCGAAAGCCAAACAACGAAGCGCUCAAUGCCACGUUGCUGCGUGGCGGAAUUCGCAGCAGCCUGCAGGCUUCCCGCCGCGAUGAGGUGAAUCCCGCCCACAGAAACAGCUUCCAGGGGUUUGAUACCGCUACCGACGCGCUGAACCUUGGCACGGCCGGAACUCGCCGCACGGUGUACCUGGACGACAAGAUCGUCAACUCCGGUUCUAGCACACCGACCGGCGGUGGUGCCGUGAACCCGUCUCCUCCACCAUCCGUUUCCACGCCCCCUCCGCCGCCUCCGCCGCGUACGGAUCAGAGUGCGGGUGCAGCUACUACCAGCCAAUCGAACUCACCGGCCGAACCGACGUUCGUGCUGCUGAAUCGAAUUUCCACCACAACCACCACGCUGAAAACGGAAACCACUUCGAACCUGCUGCCCGGCAGCCCGCAACAGCUGAACGAGGUCAGUGGCAAUCCGUCCGGUGCACCGAAUGCCGGCACGAACUCGCUCUGCGGCAUGGAGGACAGCAACAAAAAGGACUCGAAUGGCAACAACAGCAAGAAGAAGCCGGAACCGAAGAACCGCGACAGUGCGAUAUGGUAUGAGUAUGGGUGUGUUUAGCGUGUAUCAAAGUGUGUCCUCUCCCCAACCGAAAAGCGUAUUCAAUGCAAGCAUUUAUUAGAAAACGAAGCAUUGCAACCAUAAGCCUAUACGAGCAGUAUUGUAGUGAGAGACAGAGAGAGGUGAUGAAAUAGGAGGCCUAGCAUUUUUCGACUGAUGAUGGAUGGCACGUUUUUGCUGCAGAAAGAUGUGCAGGCGUGCGGAUAUGGCGCCUACUGCGUUCCCCGCUGGAGAAGGCGAUUGUACUUUUUUUAAUGCUGGCCGGUGCGUGUGUGUACGUUUAGUGAACAACGUGCUUGCGUGUGCAUGUGUGUGCGUGUUCGUCCAUUCCGUACCAGCCCAUAUUUACCCAGUUAACAAGUGCUUUAACCUAAAUACCACUUACAAAACACUCAACAGCAAAAUAAGGCCUGAACAAAGUUUAAUUUUAAAAUAGGUCUUACGCGCACCCGUGUGAUGCGUACGUUUUGGCGCAUCUGUUUGGUUAUUGCUCAAUUGCGCGCUGCAUGUCUCCCCCCGACACACACAUUAUGGCCUUUUCUUUUGCGCAAAUUAAUGCAGCUGCUUAUUGAAACUAUUGCCCAGAUGAGUAAACUUUAUCCCAAGUGCUUAGCGUUAAUCUCUUCCCAAAUGCCCUACACGCGCACCGCAAACAACGAACCCUGUUUACCAUGUAUUAUGAAAACGUAAGGAAUCUCUUUAAAAGUAUCUCCAUGUUUUGUUUUACAUUAAAAUUAAUACGUUUACAUAUAUCUCGCUGCUAUCCAUUUUGAAACUAGUAUUGUAUGAACUAAAUUGUAAGAUUUGUAUCGCGCCCGCUGUCAACGUUUCCCUGCGCCCCGCCUUAUCAUUGGGCUCUCGAUCGAAGCGUGAAUGUAGCGUGUGUAACCUAUACCACAACGAAAUACCACUAACAUGCUUUCGUUUUUGUCUUGUGAUAACACUUAAAUGAUAUUUUGUUUGCCCUCCCUCCCCGAACAAUUACCAACCAUUUUUGAAAAGCGCAAUUUUAUUACACCUCGGAUGCUCGUGUUUUAGAGAGUUGUUGUGUAACAGGACUGUUCGAUACAGGGUUCCGAUAAAAAAAAAACAAACAAAGGAGAAGAAAUCAAAAUUAUACCACUAGGAUAAUAUGCUUCCGUUCCGGUUACAGGACAGAUAAAACAGACGCUAAUGCAAAUGUUUGAAGGAGAAAACAUGAAUCUGUGAAGCGAGAAACGAAUGAAGCAGAGGAAUGAAUCACCAUUGCCGUUAUUAGCAUUUGUAUUUAAUCCUUUUUUAGGUUUAAAAGAAAGCAUCGCAAAGGAUGUAGAGUGAGAGAGAUUUUUAAGUGAAAUAAAGGUAUAAAAUAAUUAUACUCAUAAAA